CACCGAUAUUUUCAAUCCACUUCACCAACCCGACGAAAGAACAUUCAGGCACUUCUCACGAUCAGGUGACGGCAGCAACUUUCGAUAUCCCCGUCUUACCUGACCUUGUGCUAUAGGGAGGCGCGCACAAAGUUUCCAUUUGUCCCCUAUCAUGUCAGAGGAUCUGCCACCCAACCGUCAAAAUGACUGAAGCGGUUGCAAACGGCGCCUCCAAAGCAGGUGUUGACUUUGCUACAGCCAAGGUCGCCCUCUUUUCCUCCUCUACAAAGACACGGAUAGCUCAAUUGCGAACUGUUGACGAAAAAGUAAAGGAUAAGACUAUCGAUCAGUCUACAAUACCACUAUUAUUGCAAUUGCUCUUUGAUACCCACCGGCUCUACGAUGAUCGACCAUCUAGAAGGGCAGCUGAAGCCUGCCUUGCUUCUGUCUUCGCAACCACCAGUGACGCUAAGAUUCUGGCACCGUUUAUAUCUUCUAUGCGACAGGAAGCUCAAAAACCUGGAAUAUCCCCUAAGAAUGCUUUCGUCUUGGUAGAAUGGUGCUCUGUUCUCCUGCAGGAACUGGCUGGAAAACCCCUAUGGGAUAAGUUUGGACUGGAAAUUAUCCACGCGGACGCUGCCGCUCUUGAAAAAUGCCUUCAGUCGACAACAAGGCCGAGCGUUACGCAGUCAGCUCUGGUCGUGACUCGUCGUGGUUUACGCGCGGCAUUCUGGCGCAAUGGACUUCGAGAAAAGGUUAUUCAAGAUGCGGUGCAGGCUCUUACCGCCAAGGGUGUUCAGCCGACUGCCAGGAAUGCCGUCAUGCUUGGUGUAAUCGCCGGAGUCUGUUCUCGCCAGGCCCAGGCCAAAGAAGUCUUGGCCUCUAAGAAGUCGGACUACUUCACCUUCUUUACUAGAGAAGUUGUAGGGUCUCGUACGCCCGUCUCAGCUCAUAUCGCAACUGGUCUUAGAGAUUUCUUCUCCGACUUCGUCACCAUUGAAGACUUAGACAAGGAUAUUAUACCACCCAUCGAGAAAGGUCUUCUUCGAGCUCCCGAGGUAGUCUUAGAUCUGGCAGCGCUAUUGAUUCGUGCUCUUUCAGAAAAGCUAGAUCUUUCGCAGACCUUAAAUGGGCGUCUCCUGAAGCCCCUUUUAUCUAAUGCCAAGUCUAGCAACGCGACCAUUCGCGAAGGCGCGCUGGCUACUUUCAAGGCGGCCGUGGCUCGUAGCCACGAUGCGAAGACUACGGACCAAAUUGCCGAAGAGGUCCUUCUUCCGCUGAAGUCGGGAAAGCUAGCUUCUGCGGAUCAGCGUAUUAUUCAUUCUCAGAUGUUGGAGUAUGUGCCGCUAUCUAACGCGGUAGCUACGAAGGUGGCUACUAGUCUCCCUCCCAUUGCCGCAAAAGAAGGGAAUGAAGGGGCCCUUGGAGCCGAAGUCUCUAUAAUUAGUCGAGCUGUCUCCUAUUUAUUGAAUGACAUUGCUGAUCUGCCAAAGCCCGUUAUUGACGCGUUCACUAAAGGCCUCGUGGACAAGAAGAUACCCUCGCGUAGGCUAUGGAUACUCCAAACGGGAGAGGUAUUCGUCCCAUUUGUCAAUGAAGCCCGUUCCGUCUCAGCGAACGCGGCAAAAUUUGCUGAAGCAGUCGCAGGUCCUCUCGCAGAAACGUGGACCGAGAUCAUCAAGAAUCCUUCGGCCGCUGCGCAGAGCGGCUUAAUCAUGGGCGCAUAUGUAUUUUCUACCUUGUCUUUACAAGUCCUGUCAAAGAUCGAUAGCGCUCCUCUAAAAGCCAUCCUUAAGAAAACAGCCGUAUCAAAAGAGUGUCUCGUCGCCGACCCUAAGCCCUCUUUCCUUCUCAACCAUCGAGUAUACAGUCGACUUUCGACAGAGGAUGACGCUAGGUGGUUUCUGCGAGCCCUUGCAGCAACAUAUGAUGAUCUAUCAAAAUCUUCUAAAAAUGUUCAGGCAGUGUGGUUUCAAGCACUUAUUUACCUGAUUUCUUCGGCUAGCGUUCCCUCUCAGAUCCGCAAGGAGACUUGCGACGCCAUUUCCAAGUUAUACGUUCGAGAUCCAGAUUUCAUCUCAGAAGUUGCUGCCGCCGGAUUGUGGGCUUGGAUAGAGUCUUCGCUUACUGAGGACAAGGACAGCAUAGCAGCAAGUGCUAAAUAUGAAAAUGCCCAUUUACAUCUCGUCCUUAAGUCAAUUUGUCUGAAUGACGACGAGUUCAAGGAAUUAGGUGCCCAGAAAGCACAAGAGAGCCUAGCGAAGCAGAUGUGCUCGUUACUAGUCAUCGCUCGUAACGAUUUAAUACCGAGAGCAAGCUGGAUAGAUCUUUGCCUCAGGGUUGGGCUCGAUCCCGGGAGCUUAGCUCAAGAACACAAAGAAGAGUUGAUACAGCAAGUAAUUGACAAGACUAGCUUCGACCAAAAGUCGAACGCAAUUAAGCUUGCUGCUUGUAACGCAGCAGCAGACCUAGCAUUUGUGGCACCAGACGCAAUCACGCCAAGGAUCAUAGACCUCAUCCGGACAGACUUAGCAACAGAAGAGCUUAAGGAGGUGGGCCCUGUUGAGGCGGCAAUAUUCCGGACUCCAGAAGGCACAGCUUUCAUCGACGUCCUUGCAAAGAAGCAGACGCUUCCAAAUAAGAAUACCAAAGAUUAUGAUACGCUAAAAUGGGAAGAGGAACUCAGAAGUCAAUUAGCACAGAAAAAGGGGCAACAGCGAAAACUUACGGCCGAUGAACAGGCCAAGGUGAACGCGCAAUUAAAGAAGGAAUCUGAAAUUCGACGGUCAAUUCAGCAAUUAGUAUCGCGGCUCACGCGUGGCUUUGGUAUUAUAAGAAGUCUCGUAAAUACCCCGCCAACAGAACCUAACCUAUGGAUCGGGCCGUCGAUUAGCGCUCUGCUGAGUGCUUUGGAGUCUGGUGCGGGCCUCAUCACAGGUGAUGCUGGCCCUACGGCGUACCUGGCCUGUUCUGAUCGUGUUACCCCUCGCUUAGGGGCUAUUCGACCUUUCAUUGGCGUCGCCACUCUACGUGCCCUUGAGAUUACUUCCCUCCCCGACAAUCUGACCGAAGAAGGCCUGGAAGAGCUCAUCACGAGAGUCUUGUAUCGUCUUCGUUUUGCUGGUGAGCAACGGCCGUUCGACGCCGUGUCUGUGAUUUACAUGCUAUCCUUGAUUUUCGUGAUCCUACGAACUGGAGGUAUUGGAGCCGGUGCUGAUGAGAAGGACGCUCAAUUGGUAUUGGCUAUUGAGUUCCUCACAUCCCAUACUCAUGUCUGUGCGGACGAGAGUAUUCCACGAGCAGACUUAAUCUCGAUUUUGACCACCUCGAUGCAGAGAUAUAGUCAACAUUAUAAGAUCAUUAAGGAUUGUUUCACUGAUAUGGUUCGUUGUGUUGCCCCAAAUAUAAACGCAGACGAGAUCGCUGUCCUCGCAAAGGGCGCAAUCGUCCCGCAGGACUCGGUUCGCGAGACAGUGCUACAGUCGAUUAGCGCCGAGGUAGACAUGAGCGAUCUCGACUUCUCGGAGGAAAUUUGGAUUGCUUGCCACGAUGACAUCCCCGAGAUCGUCGAGCUCGGACACGAAAUAUGGGAGGAGAGUGGAUUUGAGCUCUCAAAAGAGGUUCCUUUUCAGAUGCUUCCUUAUCUGGAAAGCAAAGACGCGCAACUCAGAAGAGCUGCCGCGCGUUCUCUAGCGGAAGCAUGCAAAGAUUUCCCGGCAACAAUCGAAGCCGUUUUGACAAAACUCCGGGCUUCGUACGUUGAGUUUGCUAAGCCUCGGGUUCCCCAACUAGACGAGUAUGGGAUGCCUAGGAAGACCGAUCUAUCAGACCCUUGGGAGGCGCGGCAUGGUAUUGGGGCAGCUUUUAGGGAGCUCGCAGCAUACCUACAGAAAUCGCAGAUCGAUGACUUUUUCAACUUCCUCAUUGAGGGUGGCCCUCUUGGCGACCAAAAUGCUACCGUACGUAGCGAGAUGCUCGAGGCAGCACUCGUGGCUAUCGACCUUCACGGUAGAGCUCUCGUAGACAAACUUAUGAAAACAUUUGAACGUACGCUUGGAGCCCCCGACAAGGGUUCGGAGGCAGCGGAUCGUGUCAACGAGGCUGUCAUCGUUAUGUAUGGUGCACUGGCAAGACACUUGAAGCCUGGAGAUGCAAAGAUCCCGGUUGUAUUAGAAAGGCUGCUUGCCACUCUAAGCACACCGUCCGAAGCCGUACAAUACGCGGUGGCGGAAUGUUUACCGCCAUUAGUACGGACUUGCGGCGACAAGUCCUCUAAGUAUUUCGAUCAACUGAUCGAUAUCCUCUUGACCUCUAAGAAGUAUGCGGAGAAAAGAGGUGCCGCGUAUGGCUUGGCUGGUUUGGUUCAGGGAAGAGGUAUCUCGGUGUUACGAGAGUAUCGUAUCCUUAUCACACUUAAGAGCGCUACAGAGAACCGGAAGGAGCCUCAACAGCGCGAGGGAGCGUAUCUUGCAUUUGAACUCUUCGCUUCGAUUCUGGGCCGCGUAUUUGAACCUUACGUCAUCCAGAUCGUACCUCAGCUUUUAGCCGGCUUUGGCGAUAGCAAUGCAGACGUGAGAGAUGCAUGUUUGGCAGCAGCUAAAGCAUGCUUCGCGAAACUUAGCUCGUAUGGUGUCAAGCAGAUUCUCCCUACUCUGCUAAAUGGUCUUGACGAUGACCAAUGGCGUAGCAAACGCGGUGCCUGUGAUCUUCUAGGUGCCAUGGCAUACCUGGAUCCGCAACAGCUAGCGCAGAGCUUGCCUGAUAUCAUUCCACCGCUUACUGGUGUCUUGAAUGAUAGCCACAAAGAAGUCAGAGCUGCAGCCAACAAGAGUCUGAAGCGUUUCGGCGAAGUCAUCGAGAACCCAGAGGUCAAGGGUCUGGUCGACAUCCUACUCAAGGCCCUAAGCGAUCCGACCAAGUACACGGACGACGCCCUAGAUUCGCUUAUUAAGGUGCAAUUCGUUCAUUAUCUCGAUGCUCCUUCGCUAGCCCUCGUCACGAGGAUCCUUCAACGUGGAUUAGGAGACAGAUCCAACACGAAACGCAAGGCAUCUCAAGUCAUUGGAAGUCUUGCUCAUUUGACCGAACGGAAGGAUUUGAUCGCCCACUUGCCGGUGCUUGUAUCCGGACUUAAAUUGGCAGCCGUCGACCCUGUCCCGACAACCCGUGCGACUGCUUCCCGUGCUCUAGGAUCCCUGGUCGAGAAGCUCGGCGAGGAUGCCCUACCAGAUCUUAUCCCCGGACUCAUGCAGACCCUCAAGUCGGAUACGGGCGCCGGAGACCGCCUCGGUUCCGCCCAAGCUCUUAGCGAGGUCUUGGCCGGAUUGGGUACUACAAGACUGGAAGAAACUUUACCUACGAUAUUGCAGAACGUGGAAUCAUCCAAACCCGCUGUCAGAGAAGGCUUCAUGUCUCUAUUCAUUUUCUUGCCAGUCUGCUUCGGAAACAGUUUUGCCAACUAUCUCGGCAAGAUUAUCCCCCCUAUUCUUGCUGGCCUUGCGGACGAUAUUGAGUCGAUUCGCGAGACCGCCCUGCGAGCUGGUCGACUAUUGGUUAAAAACUUUGCUGCCAGAGCUGUAGAUCUGCUCCUGCCGGAGCUAGAGCGUGGCCUUGCAGAUGAUAGCUACAGGAUCCGGUUGAGCUCCGUUGAACUGGUCGGCGAUCUUCUAUUCAACCUCACUGGUAUUACUGGGAAGGCUGAUGCUGAAGACGAAGAAGAAAGCGCAAAGGAAGCAGGCGCGUCCCUUCGUGAAGUGCUUGGAGAAGAGAAGCGCAACAAGAUCCUCUCUGCCUUGUAUAUAUGUCGCUGCGAUACGGCUAGUGCCGUUCGCGCGGCUGCGGUUAGCGUGUGGAAGGCUUUGGUCGCCACACCGAGAACUCUGAAGGAGCUUACGCCUACUCUUACGCAACUCAUCAUCCGCCGCCUAGGUAGUUCAAAUAUGGAACACAAGGUUAUUGCCAGUAACGCUCUGGGAGAGUUGAUUCGAAAGGCUGGGGAUGGCGUAUUAUCGAGUCUGCUGCCAACUCUCGAGGAAGGCCUCCAAACAUCGACAGAUACAAACGCCAGGCAAGGAAUCUGUCUUGCAUUAAAGGAGCUUAUCUCAUCUGCAUCUGAAGAAGCGCUCCAAGAUCACGAGAAGACCCUAAUAUCUGUUGUGCGAACUGCUCUCACGGAUUCCGACGAGGACGUCAGAGAAGCUGCCGCAGAAGCGUUCGACUCACUGCAGCAGAUUAUCGGCAAGCGUGCCGUCGAUCAAGUACUUCCAUUCCUGCUUAAUCUGCUGCGCUCCGAGGAGGAAGCCGAUAACGCUCUUUCUGCUCUACUUACGCUUCUUACCGAGACUACUAGGUCUAACAUCAUUCUACCUAACCUCAUCCCAACCUUGAUAGCUCCUCCAAUCUCAGCGUUCAAUGCCAAGGCAUUGGCAUCUCUGGCGCGGGUGGCGGGUCCUGCUAUGAACAGGCGUCUACCUAACAUCGUCAACUCUCUCAUGGACAACAUUGUGAAUACCAAGGACGAGGAACUCCGUGUCGAUUUGGAAGAGUCGUUCGACACGGUCAUUCUGUCCAUAGACGAAUACGACGGGCUCAAUACCGUCAUGAACGUUCUUCUGCAGCUAGUCAAGAACGAUGACCACAACAAGCGUGCCGUGACAGCAUCCAGGCUUGCCAAGUUCUUCGCCAACGCUUCUGUGGACUACUCGCGUUACAAUCAAGACAUAAUCCGUGCUCUACUAAUCUCGUUUGACGAUCGUGACAAGGAGGUUGUCAAGGCAGCGUGGACGGCGCUAAGCGAGUUCACCAAAAAGCUCAAGAAGGAAGAGAUGGAAGCUCUCGUACAAUCUACCAGGCAAACACUGUUACAAGUCGGCGUUGCUGGUACGAAUCUCCCAGGGUUCGAGCUGCCAAAGGGUAUCAAUGCUAUCCUACCCAUCUUCCUACAAGGUCUCAUGAAUGGAACGGCGGAGCAACGUACGAGCGCCGCACUUGCCAUAUCCGAUAUCGUCGACAGGACAAGCGAAGCUUCUCUCAAGCCUUUCGUCACGCAGAUCACGGGACCUCUUAUUCGUGUCGUGUCCGAGAGGUCUACUGAUGUUAAGGCAGCCAUCCUGUUAACCCUCAACAACCUACUGGAGAAGAUGCCGACUGCGCUUAAACCUUUCCUGCCUCAACUUCAGCGGACAUUUGCGCGAGCGCUGGCGGAUACUACUAGCGACCUAUUACGAUCACGGGCUGCUAAGGCGCUAGGUACUUUGAUCAAGUUUACACCCCGUGUCGACCCAUUAAUCUCGGAGCUCGUUACCGGAUCAAAGACAUCAGAUCCGGGCGUCAAGACUGCGAUGCUUAAAGCAUUGUACGAGGUUAUCAGCAAAGCUGGUUCUAAUAUGGGUGAGAGCUCACGGACGGCUGUUCUGGGGUUGAUCGACUUGGACACCGACACGACAGACUCGACGAUGACGGUUACAAACGCCAAACUACUUGGCGCUCUCAUCAAGAACGUUCCGCCCGAGGCGGCACAUGGCUUGCUAAAGAAUCGUGUGGCCACGACCCACUUCACCAACGCGUCAGUCCUUGCGCUCAACGCAGUUUUUGUGGAAUCGCCACAGACGUUGUUAGAAAGUCCACUAGCUGAAGACUUGCCCGAUCUACUCUGCCAGGGCAUGUCGAAUAAAAAUCUCUUCGUGGCAGACAACAGCAUUCUAGCAACUGGCAAGUAUCUCCUAACAGACUCACCAAAAUCCUUUGAAUCGACUAAGCCGAUAUUCUCGACUCUCGCGACAAUAAUCGGACCGGGCAACCCAUCUGAUUCUCGCCGUCUUGCUCUUGUGAUAGUGCGCACAGUAUCGCGUGCGAAUCUCGAGAUGGUCCGACCGCAUCUCCCCUUACUGGCACCGCCCGUGUUCGCGUCAGUGCGAGACCCUGUCAUUCCUGUAAAGCUAGCGGCCGAAGCAGCAUUCAUAGAACUAUUCAGCGUCGUGGAUGAAGAGAGUAAAGUUUUCGAGAAGUACGUCGCCGGCGCGGGGGCCGACCUCCCGGCAAACACUAAGCGCAGCAUGCAAGAUUACUUCAAGAGAGUGGCCGUCCGACUGGGCAACCAGGCAAGAGAAAGGAGAGAUGCGGAGGGCGGACAGGGCGGAUUGGGUCUGAGCAAUGAUGAGGUGGAGGAUGAAAAGGAGAUAUGGAGCGUGGGUUCGGUGGAAAUUGGGGGCGGCGUCUUUUCGCACGAUUAGUCUCCUGGAUGGCCGACGUAUGCGUGUGUGUACGAGUUUGGGUGAAGGGUCUCAAGGAUUGUACAGGGAGAUGAGCCGUGGACAUAAUGCGCGUUACCCAGGCGUGAAGGGGCUCUUUGGCAUGAUAGGGACCCAGGUAGAUAAAAUUUUGACGAUUCUCAAGCAAAGAUGCCGAGCUUCUCCUUUUUGGUGAUAAUGUAUAUAAUCCAAGGCGAUGAAUACAUUGGCUUACCUAGCACAUUUGAAUGCUCGUAAAAACGACACUGGUUUAUCUAAGAGCAUUAGACACAUACGUAGUGCAAUAAUUAGAAUAAUCCUAUUCGGAUGACCGUAAAAACGAUAUUCUCAUUAUUCUCUCAUGGAUAUUGUGAGAACAAUU